AUGGGUGUUCCGGCUGGCACACCAGGCAGAGGCUGCUGUGCCUGGCUGCUCUUGGCGUGCCUUGCCAGCAGCGCGGCCGCCUCACGAGACGCCGACGGAUGGAUGUACGGGCGGCAGGGUCGGGCGCUGGCUGGCGCGGCUGCAGCGCGGACGGGGGCGGCAACGGCGGCGGGCGACGCGACUGUCACCGCCGCGGUCGUCGCGGUGCAGAAGCCCACCGGCCAGCCCUACGAGAUAGGCAACAUCACGGUGCAAGAUGUGUGGGUGGACCCGGCGGCAGGCCGCGACACCAACACCGGCGCCAGCCGCGGCCAGGCGCUGCGCACGCUGAGGGCCGCCUUGCGACGCAUCCCCGCCCGACGCACGCUGACCGCCGGCUACCGCAUCCGCAUCAAGCGUGGAAGGAUGACGGAGCAAGACAUGAGUGGGCACCUGUACUUCAUCGGAGUGCGCUUUGAGCUGGGCGGGGACCACCCGCUGCAUUGCGAGCGCUGCGUUAAUCUGCUGCUGCGCGGCGUGACUGUCAGGGGUCUGUGCCCCGGCCCUUACACGGAAUGCCCGGUGCAGGAGGCGGCCAAGCUGAACCAGUGCACGGGAGUGUGGGUGGAGGACUCCGCACGCCCUGUCGCAGACAUUGGGUGGGGCUGGAACGCCGCCUUUGACUGCAUGGUGUGCCAGUACGGACACCUCCUCAACUCCCGCUUCCACCACGGCGGCUGGUGCGCCUUUGUCAAGGGCGGCUCAGCCCACUGGCUGGUGGCAGGCAACGAGGUGCACCACUGCGACCAGUCGGGGCUCAGCGCAGGGCAGGGCACCGGCUUUGACUACCUGGUGUCCCCCUGGAUACGAUACGACUCGUAUGAUAUGUACAACAACUACAUACAUGAUGUGGAGGGUGCGGGGCUGGGCGUGUGGGGCUGCUACGACUGCCUGCUGGCACACAACACGCUGGUGCGGGUGGGGCGCCGCAGCCACACCAUCGAAGUGACGUACGGGCCCCGGAUCUGCACAGGCGACAACGUGGCCCGCUGCGCCGCCCACCACGCCGCCGGCGGCUGGGGCCCGCCCAGCCCCGGCGGCCCCGACAUCAGCAUCCCCAACAAGCACGUGCUGCUGCUGAACAACCUGGUGUUCAACCCGCCGCCCUACCGCUCUUGCUUGUGUGGGCUUAAAGUCUGGUAA